AAUUUAGUGUUAACGUGAGGAACGACUUGAGAUUGUUUAUUUACACCUAACUAAAAAAAGUACAUAUAAUAAGAGUUCAAAAUGGGAAAAAGGAAAAAUAAAAAUCAAGAACGAAAGAAAAAAGUUACUUUAGUUUUCGACGAAAACAAAAGAAAGGAUUUCCUUUGUGGGUUUCGUAAACGGAAGUUAGAGAGAAAGAAGAAAGCACAAGAAGAACUACAACGUAUGUUAAAAGAAGAAAAGAAAAGAAUAAAACUAGAGAACAAGGAAGCUUAUAAAAAACUGGUAGUAUCUUCACGCCCCAUUCCAGAUAUUGAACAGCUGUUACAGGAAGAGUAUGAAGAUGAGGAUGUUAAUGUUAAAAUAGUAGAAUUAUCUACAGACACACUUCAGAAGAAAGACUUAGUUAUUGGGGAGAAUAAACCUAAGGAUGCUACAGUAAAAAAUAAUAUUACAGAUAAGAAUAAAAAAGACAAUGCUCAAGUCAUUCCAGGGAUGGCUUCUGAUACAGAAAAUGGAAUGGAUGAAUCUGAUGUGGAAGAAAAUAAUGAAAAAGAAAUUAAAACUAAGAAAGAGAUAAAGAAAAUUCUAAAAAAACAAGCUACUAAAAAGAUUCAGAAAAGCAAAGUAUUUCAAAUGAAGAGUAAAUUGGAUAGAGUGAAGAAUAAGAAGAAAUCUCAACAAAAGAAAAGUCGGAUGAACACAAAAUCUCAGCCUGGUAAAGACAAGUCUAAAAAGAAAACUGGUAGAAGAAAGCAUUAAAACAAUUGGAUAACCA